GAACUCCCUAAAAUUUUAUCUCUCCCAAAUACUGUAAUGACUAAAGUACUAUCAAAAAUUAUUUCGUCUCCUCGAACAUGUGGUUCAAUGAAUCCAUCUGAUUUACUAAUAGCACUCCACUUUGUCCAGACUGAACAAUGCUUAGUGAAAAAUGUUAUUAAAGGUAAGGUCUUAAUAACACGAAUAGCUUGUGAUUGGUGCAUUGGUGAGACACGUAUAUUUACUGAAGAAGUGAUUGUUUUUACUUUACAGCAUUUGAUAAGUUAUGAUACUCUUCCCACAAUUCUUAUGCGUACUGUUAUUCGUUGUCAUAUUGUUCAUAAUUCUCUCCUUGGGUUCAUUAUAAAUUAUCUUCAACAAUUGAUCACUAAACAGGUUUGGAAAAAUCCUUCCCUUUGGAAGGGAUUUAUUAAAUGUUGUAAAAGGACAAGACCACAGUCUAUAACGGUACUUUUACAGCUGCCACAAGAUUGCUUUUAUGAUUUGAUUAAAGAGGAACCUGAAUUGGCGGCUUCAUUAAAAGUAUAUAUGCUUCAAAUGACCAAAUCUCAGGUUUUGAUUUAAAACGUUUUUUUAGAAAUCGAGGGUUUCUCCUGCAAUGGUCAAAAUUAUAGAAGAAGGGUGUAUAAUACCUGAAAACCAAGUUGGAAAUGAAGCUUUGGAGACUAUAAAUGAAGAUUCUAAUUAUUAAUGUAAAUUUUACUGAAUUUUUGUUUUUUGUAUUAUUAAUUUUCUUUU